CUUAAAUUGCUGCUGUAGUAGUAGUUUAGUAAAACUAUUAAUUAUAACUAGGAAUGUAAACGGUUAAUCGAUUAUCGAUUACUUCUCAUUACAAGAAUUUGCUCGAUUAAAUUAAAUUAAUUGUUGGCUAAUUGAACAAUGCGAACGUGACACAAGAUUCUCGCAGGCGGCAAGAGACCCGACACCAAAUUGGGGGCGGCAAAAAAGAAACCAAACAUGAGGCGGUCAAAACGGAGUGGAGUGUGGAAGCAUUUCAAAUUAAUUAAUGAUGACAAAGACUCUCAAUGCAAACUUUGCGGUUCUACGAUUAAGUACAACAGCUCUACGAGUUUGCUAAGAUACCACCUUCAUAACUUGCAUGCAGCCGUGUUGCAGGGAGGAAGUCUGUCGCGUUCACAACCUACAAUCGCUGCUGUGGUGGGAAGGCGAGUAUGUGACCACAGGAAAGCGGAGGGCAUUACUCAGAGGAUUUGCGGCAUGAUCGAAAAAGAUAUGAUGCCAGUUAGCACCACUGAUAGUGAGGGAUUUCGGGAGUUAAUACACUUGAUGGAGCCAGGAUAUAAUAUCCCUUCUCGAGCGACCAUAACUACCCACUUGGAAGCACGCUACAAAAACAAGAAGGCUGAGCUAAAAACACAGUUAGCCGCGGCUAAUGUGGCUCUGACGACAGAUUGUUGGACGUCACUGACUUCAGAAAGCUACAUUACAAUCACUUGUCCUACACUGAAAACGACUGGCAGGUAAAGUCAGCAGUCCUUCUCACGGAGAGCCUCUCAGAGAGACAUAAAGCUGAUGAUUUAGCUGACAAACUCAACCAGGCUGUGGAGUCAUGGGGACUCACUGGGCAUGUAAUAGCCUGUGUGCAUGACAACGCUCGGAAAACAUCGUCUCAGCAAACAACCCCGCACGAGUCAGUUGGAAAUCAGUUUCUUGCUUUGCACAUACUUCUUAAAUCUGGCCGUCAACAACGGAUUCGCUGCUGCUGGUGUCAACCGAGUAAUUGCAGCUGCUGGCAGAUUGGUGGCUGAUGGUUCAUCAGAAACAUCCACCAUGAGUCUGUCUCAGCAGAGCAUCUGCAUCAUCUCAAGUUUACUCUUAAAUUCAGUGUCUCUAUGUUUUAGUAAACUGUCCUGCAAACAAGGCCACAGUGGUCCAACCUAUGAAUCCAUGCAGGCUGUGUUUGACCUACAAUCCUUCAGGCCAGCAGUGAACCUCAGCAAUCCCACCAUAACCAACAUCUCCUUCACUCUGUAUGCUGUCCUGGGGGUGAAUGAAAAAACACAGAUACUCACUACUUUCUUAUGGCUGAGACUGUACUGGCACCAUGAGUUCCUAGUUUGGGACCCUGAUGAGUGUGACGGCGUCACCAGGAUUUCUCUCCCUGUGAGUCGGCUCUGGUCUCCGGACAUCAUUGUGUAUGAGUUUGUGGAUGAUGAUGUUUCCCAAGCGUGUCCUUACGUCUACUUGAACUACACAGGUCGCAUCCGCUGGGACAGGAUGCUUAGGCUUGUCUCAGCCUGCAACCUGGAGAUCUUCAGCUUUCCUUUUGACGUGCAGAAUUGCACAUUUACAUUUGGCUCCUACAUGCACACCAUAAAGGACUUGAGGGUGAGUCCGGCCCUGACCUUUAAGGAGAUGUCUGAAAACUCAAAGCGUUACCUGGAAGCCAGUGGAGAGUGGGAGCUGGUGGACAUACUGGGGGAGACCUCCAUCCUCCAGUUUGGGGUUGACGAGUUGGACAUCAUCACCUUCUGGGUGGUCAUAAAACGCCGGCCAAUUCUCUACGUGGUCAACCUGCUGAUCCCCAGCUCCUUCCUCAUGCUCAUCGACAUCCUGUCCUUCUACCUGCCCCCCCAUAGUGUCGACCGCGCCACCUUUAAGAUGACCCUCAUCCUGGGCUACACCGUCUUCCUGCUCAUCAUGAACAACCUGCUGCCCAGCACAGCAAACGGCACGCCCAUCAUAGGUAUCUAUUUCUCUGUGUGUCUGGCCCUCAUGGUCAUCAGUCUACUGGAGACAGUCGUCAUUACCAAUGUCCUCCACCACAGCUCCAUGAAAUAUCAAGAGGUCCCCCACUGGGUAAGGGUGGUUGUGCUCAAAUACAUCGCCAACCUCAUCUGCUACCGAUGGUCGGAGGAUGUCCAGCCCCCGUCUGUAACACAAAAGGAUAAACCUGACAGCUCAAAUGGCGUUUCAGGGCCGUGGAUCAUCCAACCAGCAAGCCAGACACCUGCCCAACACCCAGCCAGCACUGGAGGUACAGCUGCUCUGCCUGAGCUACAACAGAUCUGUCAAUAUCUAGGAGACCUUCGUGACCACCUCACCAAGCUGCAGAAGGAGAGCGAGCUGCAGGACAAGUGGUGCCACGUAGGAUAUGUCCUCGACUACCUGCUCUUUCGCAUCUAUCUGCUGCUCAUCUCCUGUUAUGCCCUGGUCAUCAUCUUCAUGUGGUGCGUCUGGAUCAACCAGUCCUAACUAGACAUCGGUCAGCUGUGAAUGAUUGCUAGGAUCAAUUCUUAGGAUGUCUAAAUAACAAAUUCAAGAGCAAGCAGUAGAAGUAGUUGGCAAAACAAAGCCUCUGCCACCAUUUAUUAGUAGGUGUUGUUUCUGUAGUGUUUGUUCAGAUUUUUUCUGUUUGAUUUUGCUUAGUAAACCAUGUUUAUGCAAUUUUGCUAGUUUUGUAUCCAAGAGGAUGGACCAAUAACUAAGUACAAUAUAAUGGUUUAGGGACAAUAACUGUAUAUUCUUUAUUGUCAUCACCAUCAUCAUUAACAAAAAAAAAAUUCUAUUUCUAUGUGUUUUUUUUCUGCUGUUGAUAAGAUAACUAAUCCCCAAACACAGUUAGUCUCUGAUAUUUUCUCUGUCAAAAUGUUAUUAUUUUGCAUCUUUCUUAAAGGACAAAAUCUAAAAUAUCAGAGUGACCCCAAAUUCCUCAAUUUCAAAACAAUGGAACAAGACCACUACACCACCACAGAGAUCCUGUACAAUCCAAAGAAGGUUAAAGUUAAGGGCAACUGGACUUGGUUGACCAUACGCGUCUGGAGUAUCAGAGAAACUCAGGAGGAUUUUCAACAAACACAACAUC